UAUAUAUAUAUGAUUCACUUCGAUGGACCGUUGUCCCGAAUAUCUCCAAGAAUUUUUGUAACCCACCGGAUUUUUCAAGCGCAGUGGCUGAAACCCUUCUCGAGAUUUUCGUCGGGGACGAAGAAAAACUGAAAAGAUCGUUCCUUUAUACGGCCAUUGAAGAACCUUGGAGGAAGAAGAAGGCUUGGUCGAAAUUUACGGAACAAUGAAGCGAUUCUUCAAGCCGAUAGAGAAAGAAAGCUCAACGGCGACUAAGAAACCAUGUGUCUCGUCGGAGAACGACGGCGACGGAGCUGAAGAAGGGAGGAGCAGCACGAAAGAGCCGACCAAGUUUUUGACUUGGAACGCCAACAGUUUACUCCUUCGGGCGAAGAACGAUUGGCCAGAGUUCUCCAGGUUCAUCACCGAUCUCGACCCAGAUGUCAUCGCCAUACAGGAAGUGAGGAUGCCUGCUGCCGGUGCAAAGGGAAAGGCUAAAAGCCCUGGAGACAUGAAAGAUGACACGAGCUCUUCGCGUGAGGAAAAACGGAUUUUGAUGCGUGCCCUCUCGAGUCCACCGUUUGAAAAUUAUCAAGUUUGGUGGUCUCUUGCGGAAUUCAAGUAUGCCGGGACUGCUUUGUUAGUGAAAAAGUGUUUUCGGCCCCAGAAAGUAUACUUCAACCUUGACAAAUUAGCAUCAAAACACGAACCUGAUGGCCGUGUGAUUUUAGCUGAAUUCAGUACGUUUCGUGUGUUAAAUACGUAUUCACCUAACAACGGUUGGAAAGAGGAUGAGAACUCCUUUCAGAGGAGAAGAAAAUGGGAUAAGAAGAUUCUCGAAUUUGUCACGCAAACAUCUGAUAAACCUCUCAUAUGGUGUGGUGAUCUAAAUGUCAGCCACGAGGAGAUAGACGUUACCCAUCCAGAGUUUUUUGCAGCCGCUAAACUUAAUGGCUAUGUCCCUCCUAACACGGAGGACUGCGGGCAGCCUGGAUUUACGCUGUCUGAGAGGAGGCGAUUUGGUGCUAUUUUGAAAGAAGGAAAGCUUGUGGAUGCAUACCGAUACCUACACAAAGAUAAGGACAUGGAAAGUGGCUUCUCAUGGUCAGGUCAUCCGAUCGGAAAGUAUCGAGGAAAACGAAUGAGGAUUGAUUAUUUUCUAGUCUCUGAACAACUCAGAGACCAGAUAGUUUCGUGUCAGAUGCAUGGCCGCGGGAUAGAACUGGAAGGUUUCUACGGCAGUGAUCACUGCCCUGUUUCCAUGGAGCUGUCGAAGCCAUCUUCAGACAGAGACCAAAACCCAGGUUUCUAACUGAACUCACUUGUCUUGACUUAAAAAGAGACCACAGACUUCAAGCUUAGGUUAUGGUUGACAUGUUACUGAGACUGUGAUGAAGCUUCAAGCUUUGGUUUAUGUUAUUAAGAUGGACCUCCCUCGUCAAGAGAACAUUUGGGAUGCAGUGCUAAUGCCUAGUAUGAGGAAGGAAAAAAAAUUAAAAUA